AUGCUGUCUCGCAUAGCACUCACCAGCAUGUCUUGGAUGUUGCUCUCCUGCCUGAUGCUCUUUUCUCAGGUUCAAGGUGAAGAUUCCCCGAAGGAAGCGCCAUCACCACGCAUUAGUUGUCCCCAAGGCUCCAGGGCUUAUGGCUCCUACUGCUAUGCCUUGUUUCGGAUACCACAGACCUGGUUUGAUGCAGAACUGGCCUGCCAAAAGAGGCCCUUAGGGCACCUCGUGUCUGUUCUCACUGGAGCUGAGGCUUCCUUCGUGUCCUCUUUGGUGAAGAGCACAGGGAACAGUUACUCAUACGUCUGGAUUGGGCUCCAUGAUCCCACUCUGGGUGAACAACCCAAUGGAGGUGGAUGGGAGUGGAGUAACACUGAUGUGAUGAAUUACCUUAACUGGGAGAGGAAUCCAUCCACUGCCUUAGACCGUGGUUUUUGUGGCACUUUGUCAAGAGCUUCAGGAUUUCUGAAAUGGAGAGAUAAUACCUGUGAGAUGAAGCUCCCCUAUGUCUGCAAAUUCAGUGGAUAA